AUGAGGAUUGAAGUUUACGGUUGUCCAGGUAAUAAACUGAUAAUGAUUGAAAAAAUUGGCUUAUUUUACAAUAGAGUGGACACUUUUUUUCUGCACAAACAUUCACCAUUAGGAAAUAGCCUAUACUUGUUUAGCCUGUGCCAGGCUCUAGGUCAGUGUAGACAAACGAAAAAAAGGGCGAGCAGUGAAAUAGCGACCGAAAGAAAGAUGGCGGGAAGAGAGAAGGGGAAACAGCCUGUAAGCAUCUUUACAAAUAUCACGGUCUGUCCACUACCCCGCUCACUUCAUGAAAAAUCGUUUCUCGUGUUAAAGGACCGGUCAUCAUUUGUCGCCUAGGGGGGGGGGGGGGGCGGAGGAUUUUAUGGGGGAUCACUUGAUUUUUAGGAGGGCAAAAGGGGGGAUCACCCGUAACGGAGAACCCAAGCGGGGGCAUCGCUGAAAACUUUGGAAGGAUUCAGAAGGGGAAUCACUCAAAUUUGCUUGGAAAAUGAAGACAUGGACGGGAUUGCGAAAGUCAUCAGAAGUAUUAGGGAGGAUCACUUCAGUGAAGUAACUUUCAAAGUGGGGAUCAGCUAAAUUUCACCUUGUUUAACCCAAAUCCUCCCCCCCCGGCGAUAAAUAAUAACCGGUCCCUAAGAUGUCAAAAUGUGCCCUGUAGGAGGGUUUCCAACGCACGCUAUGUGUAUUCUUUGUAUCUGCCGCGUGCGGAUGGACGUGACUGACCAAUCGUAGGGUAUACCCGGAGCUGGAAUGAGGUAUUGAAAAAAUGCUUUCAGGCCGCACUUUGUCUUUCUCCAGCUUUCCCGCGGUUUUAGCGCAGUUUUUCUCGAUGCUCUGGCGCUCUGAGUCGGGAACAGGCUAAUACUCAUGUGUUUCUUAAAGAUGUUUAUGGCAUGUUUUGUUCCACUUUGUCGAACUUACAGAUUGCAUAACACCUGCUGGUAUGGAAAAUGGAGCGAUCUCUGAUUUGCAGAUAAGUGCUUCGUCUCAAAAGACCGAUAGUUUUGCGGCAAGUCGGGCCAGGUUAAAUGUGAAACUGACCGGAAUUAAGCAAGGAGGCUGGUCGCCUUUAAAAGACGAUCUUAAUCAAUGGCUCCAGGUGGAUCUUAGUAGUUAUACCACAGUAACACGUUUGGCAACACAAGGAAGGGAUGGAUCAGAUGAGUGGGUCACCAAAUACAAGUUGCAGUACAGUGUUGAUGGAGUCAUUUAUCACUUUUACAAAGGAAGAGGAGAAAGCUCAUCAACGGUACGUAAAUCAUACUAAAAAUGAACAUCUCGCCCCAUGUAAGGAAAUCCGGAUUCUGGACUCCCAGAAAUUUUUCCCUUGGAAUCCGAAAUUCCUUGAAUGUUUUUCUUGUGGAAUCCGGAGUCCUGGACUAUCGAAUCCAGAAUCCAGCUCAAGGAGUCCGCUAACGAUUGGAAUCCGAAAUCCAAGUUCUUCCGUUGGUUCUUUCCUUGCUGGAGAGGUUUUUCUCCGUUUUCUCUGUUUUUUCCCUCUCGUAAACAUCCAACACUUACAAGUUUCAAUUCGAUAUAGAACUCACGGACACGUUUAAACGAAUUCCUAAGCGCUUCGUGGGUAAACAAAUUACUCAAAAAACAUUCGAAAUGGCCAGGUCACGAGAUUUCUUAAUAACUUUUUUUCUUGCUUUUAGAUUUUUGAUGGAAACCAAGAUAGUAACACCAUUGUAUAUAACAAGUUGAAUUCACCAAUCACGGUACGCCUAGUUCGGUUAUUGCCAAUAGAGUGGCGCAAUCAUAUAUGUCUCAGAAUGGAGAUCUACGGUUGUCCAGGUAAGUAAGCCGGUUAACAGUUAUUAAACUGCUACCAUCAAUUAAACCAUAUAUGCUGAAGUCAACACACAUUUUGGUCGGUCAUUACCUGGGAUUAGUCAAAGUACAAAUGCACGGAUGACAUUAUGAAAGCUUUUUCAACUGUUUCGUCCCACAUGCAUGAUCAUUCGCCAUGUUCUAAAAGAAUGAAAAAACUGGGUACGAUAUACGACCACAAAGUUUCUUGGGAUCGUUUGGAGGCACAACAUGAAAGUCAACAAAUAUGUCGUAACGCAACAUGUCGUUACAAACUGCAAUGAUAAGUUAGGAAAGGCAACCAUUCGUUACUCAUAAUGUUCUACAGAACUCCCAAAGAACCUUAUGCACCAAGUAUGUCUCCUUCAGUCAGAGUGACCUUCAGAGCGUGGCUUGCUACUCUCCGCCGUGUUUUUGCUCUGUAUUUAUAUUGUCCGCUGUUUCUUUGAUCUGUAACUAUAUUGUCCAACCGUUAAGGGUCCUCCACCAUAAUGUUCCAAUAUUUUAAUUUCUACUUAUCAACCUCGUUAUUGACUGUAUUACAGGUUGUAUAGCUCCUCUUGGUAUGGAAAAUGGAGCAAUCUCUGAUGCCCAGAUAAGCGCCUCUUCGCAAUGGGACAACUAUCAUGGUCCGCGUAGAGCUCGAUUAAACGGGAAACGGUCUGCUGGAAACGGCGUGGGGGCUUGGUGCGCCAUCACCAAUGACAUUUAUCAGUGGCUUCAAGUUGAUCUUCGGAAAUAUACCACAGUGACUCGCAUAGCAACUCAGGGCAGAAGUGAUUGGAACCAAUGGGUUACCAAGUACAGGUUACAGUACAGCGAAGAUGGAGUGAACUUCCAUUUUUACAAAGCACUAGGACAAGAUUCAGCAAUGGUACGCCCAGUUAAUAUGCUUCUCGCCUCAUUUUACGUAAUCCGGAUUCCGGAAUUCGGCAAAUUUUUGCGUAAUCCGUGAUCCGGCAAUACGGUGAUACUUGUGGAAUCCGGAAUCCUGUUAAUGACGCUCAAAGAAUCUGGAAUCUGCAAUCAACAGCGUGGAAUCCAGAAUCCAAGACUGUCUUGGAUCACUUUACAUGGGGCGAUUGUUUCUCUACCAGUGGUGGAUCCAGGGGAAGGAUUCAGGGGGAGGGUCCAGGGGGUCCAGACCCCCCAUAUCAGACCUGACGCUUGUUUGAGGCUGAAAUUCUCACAUCAACAGGAUCGUACAUUACUCUUAACUCGCUGAUUUUUUUCGUGAAACGCGCGUUGUACUUGCCACUAAACUAAAUUCCAGGGAUAUUCAAAAAUGUAAUUGUUUUGGGUACCCUCCUAUGAUCUGUUCGCCUCUGCUCGCCAAGCAGUAUUUCCCGCGCAACCGGCGACCGGCGUUCGCAGAUUGAGAAGCGCGUGCUCGUCUCUGUGAGAAAUAAUUUGCCACAAAAAUUUCAAAAGUCCUUUCUGAACCAAAGUUUGGACGCCCCCCGUCCCCCAUCAAAAAUCCCUGGAUCCGCCCCUCUCUACGUUACUUGAUUCUUGUUUUUGCUGUUGUUGUUAUUAAUUAUUAUUAUUAAUCUGCUGUAUUCAAGAAAAUUCAUUUAUAGUUCAAAAGGUUACGAGCCAGUAAUAAUUAAAAAUAUAUCAGUGUAUGAAAUAAUUGUUUAUUAUUUUGGAUAGUUGUUUGAUGGAAACAAAGACAGAAACACGAUUGUUUACCAAACAUUGAGCCAGCCAAAAACAGCGCGUUAUGUCAGGAUACUUCCGGAGGCUUGGUACGGUCACAUAUCAAUGAGAAUGGAACUCUACGGCUGUUCAGGUAUUUUAAAAAAAAAAAACUGCCUUAGGAUUGUUCAUUUCGCGGCCUUCACACCAUAAUGGAAUCCCAAGUCAUAUACAAUCAAGAAACCCAAAUUGCAGCGAAUACUGCCGAGAUCAACCUCAGUUCAAGUUUUUAAAGUCACCCGCUUUGAUAAGGCAGAACAUACGUGGAGACAAAAAGCUAGGCCGGCUGUCUAGCUAAUCCUGAAUUAUUUUGAAAAUUCCUCAGGGGCGUCUCUAUUUCCUGAAGAGGUCAGAAGGUGUCCUAGUGGACUUUCUCAAAGUCCUACGCUUCUAAUUUCCUCUUCCUGUAGUAACUCACUUGUGCCGCAGAAGACAAAAACAUCUCCCGCUCGUGCUUCGCGCUCGAGAAAUUUUUUUAGCUCGACUUGAGGGUAAGUCUAGUAUCCCAGCUGCAUGUGCAGUCAGCCUUGAUUUAUUUAUUUCUUGUAAGACCUUCCUGACGUGAUCCAAAAGUUUAUGAAACUUUUUUUGAAAUAUGUUGGCUUUUGCUGUAUCAUGACAAACUACCGUUUUGACAUUGAUGCAACAUGUAACAUACAUGUAAAUUUCCUCUACUGAUCUUUCUUACGAUUAGCCUGUGAAGCGCCUCUGGGCAUGGAAAGCGAAGCAGUUACCGAUUCUCAAGUAAGCGCAUCUUCACAACUGGAUGGCCAACAUUCUGCAGCGAAAGCCAGGUUGCAUUUCAAAACAGACGAAAACAAAGAUGGAGGCUGGUCAUCUCACACAAGCGAUCCCAACCAAUGGCUUCAGGUGGAUUUCCGUAGCUAUGCGACAGUAGCACGUAUUGCGACCCAGGGUAGACACGCCCACAAUGAAUGGGUAGUUAACUACAAAUUAAACUAUAGUGAUGAUGGCGUGACAUUCCAAACGUGCAGAGUGCCAGGAACCAAUAUCUCUAAGGUACUGCUCUGUCCUGAAAAAUGGCUCUCUUUCACGCCUUUUUUGCAAGAGUAAGGAACUGGAGCCGAAAUGUGUCCCUCAAUUGUUUCUUGGAUGGAGACUGGGGACUCGCCGUUCAGCUACCGACCAAUUUUUUUUUCCCUGUCCUUAAUAACAAUUCCAGAACUCUUUGCUAAGCCUAUUUUUUUUCUUGUUUUUUAAGUGGCGAAUUGCGUCCUUAUAAUCUUUCUACUUACACAUAAGCUUUUUAAUGAAUUGAACUAAACGAUGUAUUGUUUUCAUUCUGAUUGACAUGCGUACUUUUUACCCGAUUGAAAUAGCGCCUCUCAAGAACUCCUGUUAACAGGGGUUUUCCUCCUACUGCUUGAAAGCAUUUCAUGUUCCCCGAGUCCUGUCGACGUAAGUACACUGUUAAUGUUUGUUUUCUUCGUUUAGGUUUUUGCUGGUAACAAGGACAGUGACAGCGUUGUGACCCAAGACUUGAAUCCGCCAAUCACAGCACGCUUUUUAAGGAUCCUGCCGACCAAGUGGAAUAACCGGAUUUCCCUCAGAAUGGAACUCUAUGGUUGUGCAGGUAUUCUGAAGUAUUUUCUGAGACUUCCUUUACCCAACCUAUCGACUCAGUGUUCUUUAUUUUUUCUUUCACUUGCUUACUAGAAGGCAUGGUAAGCGACAUGUUCUUGUUAUUUUUCUUCUACUUAAUGCAGUCGCUCGUGCAAUAUUUUGGCCACUUUUAUACUGAAUGAACGGAAUGAUAAAGGAAGAAAAGCCUGCACAUUACAAUCCAAACGUAUUUUAGAUUUCAUAUAUUCAUAUUCCUUGUUAUGUUUAAGCUUGCUUCGCCCCACUUGGAAUGGAAAAUAAUGCUAUUUCAGACGGCCAGAUAAGCGCUUCUUCACAAGUGGAUGAAGAUCACGCUGCAAACCAAGCUAGAUUACAUGCUAAGAUAAGUGGCAGCAAAGGCGGUGGUUGGUCAGCUCUCAAAAAUGAUCCUAACCAAUGGCUUCAGGUAGAUCUUGGGACUUACACCAGAGUAACACAUGUGGCUACUCAGGGAAGAAACUCCUUUAGUGGAUGGGUGACUAAGUACUUGUUACAGUACAGCGACGAUGGAUUCGUCUUUCGGUCGUAUGAAGAAGCAGCUAACGCCUCCGCAAUGGUAAGUCUUUGCUCUCGGGCGGAAAGUUUACAUCUCGAACACUACUCAGGUUAAAACUUGAUAUGAUCAGUCGUAUUGCUUCCAGUGGCAACUCCAGCGUUUCAUUGAAGUAGACCCUAACACUAAAAUCAUGACUUUAUAAACAAUACCAACGUCAUGGUAUGCCUUUUUUCCCGCAAGGACUCAGCAAAGUUUUAUACGAGGAGGCUCCGUCCCGAGCUUCAACCCUUUACCCUUUACCCCUCUUACUUACCUUUUUGAGAAUGAAGACUGCUAAGCAGCAGGUUUUUCUCCCUUAAAAUCGAUUUUUUUAAGGCACCCACGUGAGAUUUUCGCACGACGCACACAAGCCUUACAAGCCCAUAGCCCAUAGUGUUUGUUCUUGACCAACGCAAAAAUAACGGUUGUUUUGCUGGACCAGUGCUGAACAUAGCGAUAGCAAGGACGACAGGUUGGUUCCCCAGUUGUGGCAGUUCGGGAGGAUUCAUCGUAAAUGCCAUGCAUCAAUGAUAUUUACAUGUAAAUGUCAAUAGCAGUUCUAUUCAGGACUACGUUCACCGGGACGAUCAUACUCAACCUACUUAUGAAAUUGCUCCUGGGUUCAAACCUUUCACAGUUUCUCAUUACUUUGAUACUACUUUUUUAGAUUUUUGUUGGAAACAAAGACAGCGACACGGUUGUGUACAACAUUUUAAAACCACCAAUCACAGCACGCUACAUUCGAAUUUUGCCGUUGGAAUGGCACAGUCAGAUAUCAUUGAGGAUUGAAAUUUAUGGCUGUCCAGGUAAUCCGAAAUGUGUCGGAAAACAAAAAAUCAUAAUUAAAUAUUUAUACAAAGAGCCUACCUGGAUUUUUUCCCUGUUAGCCCUACUGUCGACUUGUCAUAGUAUUACGACACCAAUCAACUUAAGGCAAAUUUUGGUGGAAUAUCGGUACAGUCUAGUUUGAAAACAAAUUCUCUUCUCUUUGAUUCUGGCGCUUUAAUGAUCCUCACCUAGUUUGCACGAGAUGGCGCUUCUAUUUGUUUUUGUGAAAGAAGUGUUCGAAAAUUAAGUAAGGAAAUUCGCUUCACUUUAGCCAAAGAUUUCUAGGAUGUUUUUAACGCGGUAUUAGAGAUAUUCACGUAUUUAUUCAGGUUGUGUAAAAUCACUUGGAAUGGAAAAUCAAGCCAUUUCCCAUGCCCAAGUAACAGCCUCGUCACAAAUGGACAACACCCAUUCUGCAAGAGAGGCCCGAUUGCAUUCCAAGUCAGAUGGGAACCAAAGAGGUGGCUGGGUAGCUCUCAAGAAUGAUCUCAACCAAUGGCUUCAGGUGGAUCUUGGUACUUUUACCAGAGUAACACGUGUGGCAACUCAAGGAAGGGAUGGGUAUGAUCAGUGGGUGACCAAAUACAGGUUACAGUACAGUGAUGAUGGAGACACCUUUCACUCUUUCAAAGUGAUCACUAUUGACUCUGCGAAGGUAUGGCUGUCUAGCCUGCCAAGCGCGCGUUUUUUUUUUUUUAACGAAAGCUUGGAGGUACCGCGGGAGCCGUAUUGAAAGCAACUGAAAAAGUAAUUGACUGGCCCCAACUCUGUAAGUUUCUCUGUCCAAGAUCGCAGGACAUGAGAUCAUCAUUGCUAUGAAAGCACGAACAGCUCGCAAAUCAAUCUGUAAGUUCUAACUUUUGUUAGAUCAAUUUAGGUUUCCGGGGAACUGCCCACAUACCCCUCCUCUAAGCCAUCAUUUUGCCCUAAUUAAGAGAUAAGUGUUACCUUAUCUUAAGGGAGGGGUAGAUAGCAGUUUCCCAGAAACCUAAAUUGAUCCCUUUUGUUGACGUAUAGCUUUCUGGUAUUUUUCCUAUAUUCAGGUUUUUCCAGGGAAUCAGGAUAACAGCACAGUUGUUUACAACCCACUGAGUCCACCAGUCACGACUCGCUUCAUUCGGCUGAUUCCAGUGGGGUGGCAUAGUCGCAUAUCAAUGAGAAUAGAGAUCUAUGGCUGCCCUGGUACUGAGGAACGAUUUCAUAUAAAUAAAUAAAUAAUGUAUUUUCUCUUUUGGCUUUACUAUUGCCUCUACCACUUUCAUCAUGUCAGUACCUGAAACAUUGCGACUAUCGUCCCAAUCUCGCCUCAUGUAUUUAGUAAUCUGAAGUUCGGAAUCCUUGAAAUUUCCCUCGUGGAAUCCGAUAUCUUAAGGUGACUGAACACAGUUUUGCGGCGGUAACUCGUGUGACGGCGCCUGUUUUAAAUUAGACAAACAAACAUGGCGGCAAAAAAGCAAUGGUACACGGAGGAUAUUUGGCAGAAUUUUCACUUUUAUCGUAUUUUAAAUAAUGAGAGCGUUAAAAUGGAAGUUGAACUGACGAAUUUUGUGACACAUUUAAUAAUUACAGUACAAUUGUAUGAUUGAUUAUCUAAAAACCCGUCUGUUAAAAUUUGGUCUAAUAAGUUUUAAAUGGUAAUGAUUACUUAUAGUAAGGGGUGUGCAAGUUUAAACGAAAAUCUAAUGAACGAAUUUUAUGUAAACUGAGCAAAAGUGAAAUUUUAAGGUUGUAUUCAAUCGCCACAUUUUACCUGUCAAUCAAAAUCUUUCAUCAGUAUAUUUUUCACUUGCCAAGUUUCAGCUUGUGAGCUGCAACCUCUCUCUUGCCAUGAUUUGGCAAAUGACAUUUACUCACAAACUGCCAAAACUGUGUUCAGCCACCUUAAGCUUUAGAAUCCUGAAUCCUGCUAACGAUUAGAAUCUAGAAUCUAAGUUCCACUGUCUAGGAAUGCGGGAUCCAGUGCCUGGGAUCCACAGCGUUGAAUUCAGAAUCCAGGACUGUCUUGGAUCAAUGGACAAUGGGCGACCAAUCGCCAAUCCCUUUAACAAUCAUCUUGAUACCACCGUUAUUCCCAAAAUCUGGAUCUCAACUAUCUCUCUAUUGUCUUUCCUCGACUACAGCCCCUGUUGCUAAGGUUUCGCCGUGACUGGAAAUAUCGUUGAAAAGCUUGUUUUUCCCGCUCUUAACAAUUUAGGUUGUACAGCAGCACUUGGAAUGGCUCUUGGAACAAUCACUGAUGCCCAGAUAAGCGCGUCUUCAAAACUGGACAACACCCAUUCUGCUGCGCAAGCCAGGCUGUAUUCCAAAGCGGUGGGAAGCAAAUUUGGAGCCUGGUCAGCCCUUGAAAAUGAUCAUCAUCCUUGGCUUCAAAUAGAUUUCGGUAGCUCCACUAAAAUAACGCGACUGGCCACUCAAGGGAGAAAUGGCGUUAAUGAGUGGGUGACCAGGUACACGUUAGAGUUCUGUGAAGAUGGUGUGAAUUUUCAUCGUUACAAGGUAAAUCAAUAUGACUUAGAACCCAUUUCGAAGGAGAAAAACAUGUCCCGAGUGGGUACCACUGGUGAGCCAAGGUUUCCUACAUUUCUUUACCAAACUUGGCUAACCUUCUACAUGACAAACAAAACAUUGGCCCGGCUAGAAAUAUGAGCCGCCUAGCUGGGUUGACCGUCCUAGCUGAGUUAACGUUUUUCCAUUUAAACUUUUUGCCUUGUCUAUCUGGGCCACCUCGGUGAGGGACAGACAAUCAGAGCAUAAAUAUAACAAGUGCCAUUGUUAGCUCUCGACUCGGCAAAAGGGUCACCUUUUUUCUCACAUAAACUCUCGCUUAAGUUGACCUGGCUGGAAGUGGGUGACCCUCUUUCCCUUGACAACCUUUCUUUUCAUGAAAGAGGCCCUAGUAAGAUUUGGGUGGCUUACCGUAUCAUUUUCUAAAAUGCCCUUUCAGAUACAGUAAGGCAUUUUGACUUCAAAAAACCUUUUUGGAUGCUACGGUUGUCAACAUUGCAUCUGUGUUCUAUACGAAAGAUGUCAGUUAUCGAUUGGCAAUGACACCCAGCUGUAACUAAAAUGUACUGUUAUCGUUAAACGUCAGACUAGCUAAAAGCUCCCUACUUGUGUAAUUUGAAAUAGUUUUAAAACAAUCUCGUUCUUAAAACCUUUGUUUGCUUUGUAGGCCUUUCAAGGAAAUCAAGACAGUGACACUGUUGUAUACCACACUCUGAUUCCACCAAUCACAGCUCGGUUCAUUCGGCUGUUGCCUCUUGAGUGGCACAAUCACGUGUCUUUAAGAACGGAGGUCUACGGUUGUCCAGGUGCUGUUACGCAAAAUUGCAACACUUAAUUAGAACAAAAAAAGCAAGCUUUCAUCUUUUUCAUCACGUAAGAUGGAAUAUUUUAUUUCAGUAUCUGCUUGAGCCCUGGGCCGUAUAUAAAAGACUACCAGAACUUACAGUAAAUGUUAAUCUGACUGAGUUGCUCUAACAACUUUCACCCUACGAGCAGAGUCUUUUCUUACCUUAUUCAUCUGUUCAUUAGAAGGAGAAAAGGAGGUUCUGCCAGAAUGGCAACAAGCCUUUGAGGUUGCCGCAGCCCCAACUUCCGGACUAUUCGGUUUUGUUUUCUCUCGUCAAAAUGGUUUUGUCCAGUGCAAGCAUCCGUUUAUUGACAAACCGAUGGUUACAACCGAGCCCUCUGUAGCAUGCGCAUGGGUAGUAGGUCUGGGUUCGAAACUCUAUCUUAGAAACAUGCCGCACAUGCUAAACAAAGAUGUUACUCGAUUCAUGCCGGGUUUUUCUCGAGUACGCCACAAUCAAGCAAGCGAUAGAAAAGGAGCUUUGCUGGUAGGGUGCCUGCAAAUCUACUGGUAGUAACUUUUGAUAUAUUUUUAAAUUUAGGUUGCGUUGACCCUCUCGGCAUGGACAGUGGAGCAAUAACUGAUGCCCAAAUAAGUGCUUCCUCGCAGUGGGAUAACAAUCAUGCUGCAUCACGGGUCAGGCUGCACAUGCAGUAUCAAAGAAGGGGAAGUAAAAGAGGAGCCUGGUCAUCUCGCACAAAUGAUCUUAACCAAUGGCUUCAGAUAAACCUUGGUGGUUACUCUACAUUAACUCGUGUCGCAACACAAGGGAGAAGUGAUCACGAUCAAUGGGUAACUAAGUACAGAUUGCAGUACAGUGAUGAUGGAGUGAUCUUCCAGUUCUAUAAAGAGCCACAUCAGACUUCACCAAAGGUAUGUAAAUAGGGAGUUUAAGCAACAACGUCUUUGAGCGCCGGAUGUCAAGCGAAAGUGAGGCCUUUUCCCUUUCAGUAUGCCUUGACGCCAGCAGGUUUUCAUUGUUAAGUGUCUUGACGCUUAUACAGACGAUUUGCCCAAGACUUCAGGCAAAAACCGCCUUCUAAGAAUGCAAAAAGUCCGCUUCCGCUUGACGUGCGUCACUCAAAAACGUGAGAUGUCGCUCUUAUAGCUGUUCCCUCCUUUGAAAGCAGUUUGAAGAAGAAAAAUGCGGAUUUACGUUCUCCUUAAGCAGAACAUAAGUGCAUUUCGCUUGAGUAGACCUAAGUACCCGCUAUUUUUACUUAUAAAAGCGCUUCAUUUUCUGAGAAAAUGUGAUUAUUCAGCUUUUUGGAAACACUGCUAUUGCGCGCAAGAAUACGGUCGAACCUCUAUUUAACUGCCUCCUAUUACGCAGUCACUCUGAGGACAAAAUUGUCAGUAAAUCCCUGUAAGUAAAAACUCUAUUAAGCGACCACUUAGGUGUCCUCAUAGAGAGUGGCACCUUACAACUGGCUUGACUGAAUCUUAUCCCACUUAUAGCAGAGCUGUCGCUUGCUUUGGCGCACCAUAGGUAAGAAAAUUUAGUCAUCUAUGUAUCCAAGAAAUUCCGGUUCUGACAAAAUUAUCUGUCCGUACGUCCGUACGUCAGUCCGUAAGUACGUACGUCCGGCCCAUCAUGUUAGCGGAUGUGGAAUGUCUUACUAGCUUAAAAAUCCAAGGUAUAUACAAAUUGUGUUUAACUUGAUACUGGGCAUCCAUGUCGUGAUCAGUCGACAGCUAUUAAAAUAAGGUAUCCGCUGACUAGUGUCACAUGGCUGUAUCGCUGGCUCAAAUGUACAACUCGUUGAGUUGAGGGUUUCUUUUUAAGUUCUCCGCCUACCAGUUAUGGUAUUCAAGUGAUAUCAGGCUCAGAAAACUUCAGAGCGACUUUCUCUUAAAAGUUCCCACAAGAGCAUCGCUUUUGGCCUUGGCUAAAUCUAUUUAGUAAAAUCCAACUAGUGGUCUAUUAUCGAUGCUGCGUUCUGAUUGGUUGAGCUACUACUAGGCUAAAUGUUAGAGCCCACUAGUAGCGAAAAGCGCCGGCUUUUUGGCGGCAAAAAGGAUUCAAGUCUUGCUUUAACUAGCUAAAAGUUUUUUUUUGUCUCGAUAUUUUUGACCAACUGGUUGAUUUUACUAAAACAAUUAUUCCUCUCGCCCUCAUGGCCUCUGAGUCAAUAGCUCAUUCGGGCUCGAGGAAUAAUUGUUAAAUAUUUCUUUAUAUUGAUAAAUUUAUGUUUCAAAGUGGGAAGAUAGUAUGACCUUUCUAACGACCAACAGACUUCUUUUUGACAAUUUUUCUUACAUCUAGCAUAUUCUGCUUGGACUUUAAAGUAUUAUCCAAGGCAUAACUACGUGCCUGAAAUUGUUUUCACUGAAUCACUGCAGGUUUUCCUCGCAAAUAAAGACCGUAACACCAUUGCUUACAACAUGUUGAAUCCACCCAUUACAACGCGCUUCAUUCGAAUCAAACCGAUGGAGUGGCGUGGACACAUAUCCAUGAGGAUGGAGAUCUACGGUUGUACAGGUAUUCAAACUUACAUUGCUCGCUUACUUGCACAGUAAUACUGUCUACAGUACUUGCUACUUAUAAUGAAUCCGGUGCUGAUUGCAACACGCUCCAUUCCAACCUAACCGCUUAAGUUACGCUACCGCGUUUCCAUCACGAUGAAGAACUACGACUUUUUAGUGAUUCAAGCUUCAGGCAUUAUCCACACGAAUAGAGGAUGGCUGAAACCUCAUACCUAGGCAAUUCGAUCGAAAUUCGACAAUAUGCAGUGUCAAUCGGCUACACGAAUUUGCAAAUCAGUCGAAUCCAAGACAAAAAUACAUUGUGGAGGGGUUUCAGAUGUCGUUUCCGGUUAGCGGAUUUGCUAAUUUCGUGUGAAAGGAAGGCCUAUUCGUGUAAAAAAAAUGUGGUUUAAAAAAUAUCCGGGUUCUUCUGAAUGGGGCCGUCCUUACAUGAAAGCUAUACUGAUGCGUUCUGAUUGAACGAAACAGCUGUCUGUGGCUGCCACCAGGAGACAUGGCUGUGCGCGUGUUGUUGGAGUGUGUCACUUUCCUUGGGCAUUGAUCUUGCAUCACUACCGGUCCACUAUCUGCUUACCAGAGCCGCAGCUAGUGGAGGGGAAGGGGGGCAGCCGCCCCUGGAACUGUUGACCCAGACAAAUCAAGUCUGUGGAUGGAUUUGUUCUCUUUAGACUCAGGGGAGGAUACAGACCCCCCCUAAAAGGUUCAUGCCUUCGGCAGUCGCGAUAAUUCCCCCCACCUCGUGACAGAAAAAACCUAGCUACGGCCCUGCUUACUUGGCUUAAAGAAAACCUGCAACGUCCCAGUUCCUUGACAAUUAGAAAGUCAUAAGCUAUAAUUCACUCUGCAGUUUGAAAGGGUUGAUUGGUCUACGUUACUUGGGUUUUGUAGAAAAGAGUAUCCAAGGAGAGGUAAUCCAACCAAAUCAGACAAAUCUAGGUUGUACGACACCGCUUGAUAUAGAAAAUAGAACGAUCCCUUAUUCAUGGAUAGCCGCCUCGUUAUCACGUGAUAACAAACACAUUGCUUGGGGAGCCUCCGCGUAUAAAAGUUUGUUGAGUAGCCCGGCAGUUUGAGAGAGCGGCUGGAUCUUGCUUAUUUGGGUUUUCUACAGAAAGGGACAAAACCAUGCCUAAUUAGCGAGGGUAUUAAGCUUUUUUGAUGUUUCUGCCUCUAAAACAAAUCUAGGCUGUACGACACCGCUUGGUAUGGAAAAUGGAGCGAUCCAUGAUUCCAGGAUAACCGCUUCAUCGUCACUUGACAACAAACACACCGCUUUGCAAGCAAGGCUGCAUCUGACAGCUGAUUCCAGGACGGGGGGAGGGUGGUCGGCUCUUAAAGAUGACUUUUAUCAGUGGCUUCAGAUAGAACUUGGUGGUUACACAACUGUAACACGUGUAGCGACCCAAGGAGGGAAUGGACGAAACGAAUGGGUGACACAGUACAGAUUGAAAUAUAGCCGUGCAGGAAAUAUCUUCAUGUAUUAUAAGCUGAGGGAAAACAGCUCAGCAAUGGUAAGUAUACACAAAGCUCAGUCGUGUUCGUUAGAUUUGUGGCGAUUUGUGGGUUUUGUCGUUAACCGUAACUGCAAUCUUUGACAAAGCCACUGAAGGCGAACGUUACAUAGUCUACAGGUGUAUAUAUGUGUAUCUAAAGAGGCAAACAACAUUGACUCCAGAAGUGGGGGUGUAAUAUUUGUUGGUUCGUUACAUAUAAUAUACGUUAAAAUGCUUGGAAAGCAUUUAACGUGAUAUUUUUCUCUAGGGUUGGAAUAAGUAAUCUCGAAAGCCGUAAAGCGGUAGGGAAUAUGACAUUAUCCAUCAGAGCUAGAGGGAGGUUGAUUGGUUUGCUGUUAAUUCUAAGUUAGGCUGUUCGCAGUACCCUAUUUUUUCGUAAGAUCGGCCAUCUUGGUUUCAUAUUUACUGAGGGGGAGGCAGGGUCGGGGUUUGUAGCGGUGGGGAGGGAGGCCUCCUCCCAAACCGUCCUCCGCCUCCUAAGUAGAUUUGACAUUCAUCUCCAGGCGAAACAUUUGAAGCCAAGAUGGCCGCCCGUAACGCAGGGCGCUCGAUCUCGAUGAUCUUAUGAAAAAAUAGCGGUGGUGUCCAAUUCCAACUCGUCGCCGAAAACAGUUGGAGUGACUGUGGUUCAUUCAGUUUGUCACGAUUAGCCGGGAUUUACUUGAAAUGAGAAAGUGAAAACUAGUAGGCUUGUUUUCCCCUUUUAGGUGUUUGAAGGCAAUAAAGACAGUAACAGCGUUUCUACAAACAGAUUAAGCCAGCCGAUCAGAGCACGCUACCUUCGUUUUAUACCAAUAGAGUGGCAUAAUCACAUAUCAAUGAGAGUAGAGAUCUACGGCUGCCCAGGUGUGAUACACUUCCAAAUAAUUUUCUCAGAGUUGUAUGUAAGCUACAAUGCUGUGUGAGCGGUAGUGAUUAAUUUGAAUUGGCAUGUUGAAAAUAACCGUGGUUAGCACCCUAUGGAGCGCUUAUUUGCUGGUUUACCCGCGGAAAAGAAAUAAUCCUUUGUAAUCUACCUAGCAUUAAAGUUAGCCUUACGUUUGCCCUAGGAGUAACCACGACGGCGACGGCUGCUAAAACGUCACUAAUAUAAAGUGAUUUCGCACUAACUGUUUCAAACCGCACCGCGCUAACAUUCCAUCACGUUCAAGUUAUCAAAUGUUGGCAAAUUUUCUGGGGUUAAAUCAGUUCUAAAACAACUGUAUGCAAGUUCAGAGAAAGAAAAAAAUUCGUCAUCUUGCCUUAACGUCCUCCACAAAAAUAUGAAAUUAGGCAAUUCCACUUCGUAGUUGUGCCGACGGCAAAGAAAUGUAGAAAAAAGCGUGAUGGAUUUGCAAAGUUGCUGUUUUGCUUAUAUUAAACCUAUUGCUUUUUCGCUGUUCUGGCUGCCCACGCCGUCGUCGUCGCUUAAGCUCCCUAUUAUUAUGGUUAAGUUGUCUUGUGUAACUGCAGCUAAUAGUUUCUCUAUGAUUGUUUAUGUCCAAAUGGAUAAAUGGAUAAAGAACGGAUUGGAUCACAAAUUGAACUUUUUAAUACAUUUUUCGUUAAAUUUUCCACUUCCAGACAGAACAAAGAAACAACAUAUGGAUUUUUGGUAUGACCGUUCAAAAUACGACUUGAUGUGUUUUAGUUUCACGUGGUCACAUUCAUUAAAAGUGUUUUACGUAACGCACUUAUGGAGAGUUUUGCUUGAGCUAUGACUUUAUAUUCUUUUGGGCUAUAUCAGAUUUGAUCCCUUCAAACACACCGGCCCAAAAGAUGAAGUUUUAUUAUAAACUGUAUUAUUGCACCAUACAGGUUGUAUAGCACCACUUGGUAUGGAAAAUAAACAAAUAUCAGAUGCCCAGAUCAGUGCAUCGUCUUUGUCUGAUGAGAAUAGCUCUCCAAGCAAGGCCAGGCUACACCUCAAAGAAGAUCAAAACCUACCUGGAGGGGGUGGGUGGAGUGCCCUUAAAAACGAUCUCCACCAGUGGCUACAAGUGGAUCUUGGAGGUUACACCACAUUAACACGUGUAGCGACUCAGGGGAGGACUGGGUCCAAUGAGUGGGUGACCAAUUACAAGUUACAGUACAGUGAUGAUGGAAUGAACUUCCAGUUUUACAACGAACAUGGAGACAAGUCAGCUAAGGUAUCUUCACACACGUAUUAUGUAAAAUACUUUAAAGGCAACCAGAUGUUUUUAAAUCAGUUCUCAUUACAACAAGCUAAGCUACCUCGAUCGUCCAAUAUGUUUUGUUUAGACCCUGUGUGAAGUCAUAACCCGUUUUCUAUGGCAACAUAGCUGGCAAACAAUGACUAAAUUGUGAACAGUUUUUUCAGGACUAGGCCAAACAUAUUUAACCAAGCAUUGAAGUGAGAGACUUGUUGGCCGCUUAUUUGCUCUUAGGGUUAGGGUUUAAGGUUUCACUGUUUCAUUGCUUAUUACAGGUUUUUACUGGAAACGAUGACAGUGAUACUGUUGUGUAUAAUGCACUCAGUCCACCAGUCACUACGAUGUUUGUUCGUGUAUUGCCUAUAGCUUGGAACAGUCGUAUAUCUAUGAGGAUAGAGCUGUAUGGUUGUCCAGGUAAUUUGAGUAUGUUAAAGAGGAGCGGUGUCGUCAGGAUGGUCAUGUUUGUAUUCCAAAACAAUCAGACGGCGGCCAUUUUGUUUUCCAUGCAGGUCUUUUGCGUGCUGAACUUUUCUGUAAACCCUUUUUUCAAUAAAUAUCCAUAGAGACAGGCCAGGUCUGUAAAAACGCCCUUUAAAAGUUUUUUGGCUUCCAAACAUUGCUCUACAAUUUGUUUUGGGACGACUAUAAUACCUAAGAAAAAUUUAAAACAAAAGUAAUGCGAAAUUUAAGGGGGAAAAAAAGGUCGAUAUCACUGUUGUUCCUGCUGUCGCUAUUCUAGCUCUUGACACUAUUGUCGCUGUCAUCAUUGUUGUCACUGUUGUCUUUAUUGUUACUGUUGUUACUGUUGUCAGUGUUGUCACUAUUGUUGCUGUUGUCACUGUUGUCGCUGUUGGCUCAUGUUGUUGCUGUAGUCAUGACUGUUGUUCCAGUUGUUGCUGUUGUCACCAUUUUUGCUGUUCUCGCUGUCCUCACUGUUGUCGCUACUGUCACUGUUGUAACUUUAAUCGUUGCUGACGCUGUUGUCUCUGUAGUCCCUACUGUCACUAUUGUCACUAUUUUCGUUUUUUCACUGUUGUUCCUGUUCUCACAGUUGUCACUGAUGUUGCUGUUGCCACGGUUAUCUCUGGUGCCGCUGUUGUCGCUGUUGGAACUGUUAUCACUGUUGUUGUUGUUAUCGCUGUUGUUGCUGUUGUCACUUUUGUCACUGUGUUUACUAUUGUCACUGUUGUUGCUGUUGACGUUGUUGUCAUUGUUGUCAAUGAUGUCUCUGUUAUCACUGUUGUCACCGUUGUUGCUGUUGUCACCAUUGUCGCUCUUGUUGCUGUUCUCACUGUUGUCACUGUUGUCGCUGUUGUCACCAUUGUCACCAUUAUCACUGUUGUCGCUGUUGUCACUGUUAUCAUCGUUAUCACUGUUUUCACUGUUGUCACCAUUCUCACUGUUGUCGCUGUUGUCACCAUUGUCACUGUUGUCACCUAUUGUCACUGUUGUCACCGUUGUCACUAUUGUCACCGUUGUCCCUGUUGUCACUCUUCUCACUGUUGUCAUCAUUCUCACGGUUGUCACUGUUAUCACCGUUGUCACUGUUGUCACUGUUGUCACUGUUGUCUCUGUUGUCACCAUUGUUGCUGUUGUUGCUGUUGUCACUGUUGUCGCCGUUGUCACUGUUGUCACCGUUGUCACUGUUCUCACUGUUGUCGCUGUUGUCACUAUUCUCACCAUUGUCAUUGUUGUCAUUGUUGUCAACGUUGUCAGUGUUGUCGGUAUUGUCACUGUUGUUACCGUUGUCACUGUUGUCACCACUGUCGCUGUUCUUACUGUUGUCAGCGUGUCACUCUCGUCACCGUUGUCACCGUUGUCACUGUGGUCACUGUUGUCGCUGUUCUCAGCGCUGUCGCUGUUGUUGCUGUUGUCGCUGUUGUCACUGUUGUCGCUCGUCACUGUUGUCACAGUUGUUGCUGUUGUCACAAGUGUCACUGUUGUCACUAUUGUCGUCGUUCUCACGGUUGUAACUGUUAUCACCGUUGUCACUGUUGUCACUGUUGUCGCUGUUGUCACUGUUGUCACCGUUGUCACUGUUCUCACUGUUGUCGCUGUUGUCACUAUUCUCACCAUUGUCACUGUUGUCACUGUUGUCACCGUUGUCACCGUUGUAACUGUUGUCACUGUUUUCACCGUUGUCAUCGUUGUCACUGUUCUCACCAUUGUCAUCGUUGUCACUGUUCUCACCAUUGUCACUGUUGUCACCGUUGUCACAGUUCUCACUGUUGUCACCGUUGUUGCUGUUGUCACUGUUGUCACCGUUCUCACUGUUGUCACCACUGUCACCGUUGUCACUGUUAUCACUGUUGUCACCGUUGUCGCUGUUGUUGCUGUUGUCACCGUUGUCACUGUUGUCAUUGUUUUCACCGUUGUCCAUGAGAGGACACAGAGGCUUUUUACUGGAAGUACCAUCCCACGCAGGGAUGUUUUCUCCGCGGGCAGCUAAUCCGACUUAAUCCCAUUUAAUAUGUCGCUCUCCUCGAAAGUGCGAAAAUUUUCUUGUCGUGUAUUAGAUUUCAGAUACAUUUUCUUAAUCUUCAUUUCGCGACAGAAUAAAUUAGUUUGCGCGCAAAGGGCUCCUAAAAAAAUCACAAGGUUUGUCUCACUUCGAGUCCACCUUCUGGAGAUACGCCGGCUUGGUAGCUGGAAUACAUUGCCGAGGCGAAGAUCUGGCAUUUUUUCCUCCUCGUCGUAUUUUCUUCACGACAAAUGUUUAUAUUUGUUGUGAGAAUGCAGCGCAUAUCGGUGGAUUUUACUUCAUGUGGCUUGCUAUUUCUGAAAGAAGAGUGCUGGAUUUCAUCGUUUUGUUCAUGUUUAUUAGUGUUGGCAAAUGUAAGGUAAAUGAACCGACCACUGUAAGGUAAGAAUUGAAGUUUUAAAUUUGUUACUCGGCGAAAAAUCGUGGAAUUGGAAUUCGUGAAACUCGUGAGUAUCACCUCUGUUACCUAAUGUCAUGCGAUGACCCCUCGCUUUUUCGAUGCGUAACACGGAUACAAGCGAUAAAUUUCUUUCGCAAAAUGAAGUAUAAUUUACUUAACAAGACCAUUUGACGAAUAUUUCUGGUUAUAUGCUUUAUUCAUAUUUGCUUGGCUUAUUCAGGCUACAUGCCAUGAAAUUGAUGACAAUGUUUGUGUUCUAUAAUUAUGCUGAUAAGUUUUUGCACCUUUUUAUUGAAACUCAUGUAAGCCAAACGUUUGUUAACUCUAGCAAAACACUCUUCUAUUAUGGAGGAACUUUUAACGUCUUUCGGGGUCCUAAUAUGGUGUCAAAUUUUUAGGGGAAACAAAGCUUGAUUUUUGACCAAACAGACUAUAGCAUUUUUGUCUUUAAAGAGAGCGCGAGGCAAACGUCCGUGAGUACAGUGUAAGCCAGUGAUUCUUUAGGUAGAGCUAACAAACAUAGGCUGCACUUUAAGUGGCACACCCAUGGGUGCAGUGUAACCAAGUGAUUCUUUAGGUAGAGCUAACAAACAUAGGCUGCACUUUAGGUGGCACACCCAUGGGUGCAGUGUAACCCAGUGAUUCUUUAGGCAGAGCUAACAAACAUAGGCUGCACUUUAGGUGGCACACCCAUGGGUGCAGUGUAACCAAGUUAUUCUUUAGGCAGAGCUAACAAACAUAGGCUGCACUUUAGGUGGCACACCCAUGGGUGCAGUGUAACCAAGUGAUUCUUUAGGUAUAGCUAACAAACAUAGGCUGCACCUUAGGUGGCACACCCAGGGGUGCAGUGUAACCCUGUAAUUCUUUAGGCGGAGCUAACAAACAUAGGCUGCACCUUAGGUGGCACACCCAUGGGUGCAGUGUAACCCAGUGAUUCUUUAGGUAGAGCUAACAAACAUAGGCUGCACUUUAGGUGGCACACCCAUGGGUGCAGUGUAACCAAGUGAUUCUUUAGGUAGAGCUAACAAACAUAGGCUGCACUUUAGGUGGCACACCCAUGGGUGCAGUGUAACCCAAUGAUUCUUUAGGCAGAGCUUACAAACAUAGACUAUACAGGUGUACAUCAGAUGGUAACAAGUUUUCCAGUUAAAACUUUGUCAUAAAGUGCCACACCAUGGCACUUCGACUAUUUCAUUAUCGCGCUUGUUUUGACGCACAAUUGAUAGUCAGGAGAAGUCGUAUUGUCUAAAACCAUAGCAAAAGACAAAUUUACACACAUCACAGCGUUAAGGUAAGGUAAUACACGGUAUUUCCUUCAGGUACAUUUACAUUUUCUGUUAGGUUAUAAGCGAUUAAAUCGCAUGCAGCGACGAACAAAACGCGAAGCCGUCAAAUAUUCUAGAACUGUGUUAUUUACAGUUCUGUGCAUUAUUAUUGCUUAACUAACUAACUACGAGCUGAUGGAAAUAAGUUUCGGCCGCUUUAAAUUUUAAAACAAUUCACUGGUACUGUAUAGUGAUAAUUGGAGCGAAAAGUUAGCACGCGAGCAGGGCGAUUCUGCUGUGGUUUCUGUAAUGUAGAAGAUAUUACGGCAAUGAGGCUCCCGAGGUCCGUUCUGGAAAUCACAACUACAUGUAGGAUGAAAUGUAUUCUACGUGCAGACGUCUCCUUUUCCAGGUUAGGUUAAAUAAACCCGUACCAACUAUUUGUUUCACAAAGCUCCCGCGAGACGGUUUCUUGGUUUAUUAAUUUUUCCGAUCCAUUUUUUUUUCAGCUCUAUUUUCGCGGCUUUUGCGAUACAAACUAAAUUCAUUUUUAGUUGUGAUGGCAUUACACUGCUUAAUCAAGACGGCUUUGGUAGAAACUGAAUAUAUUGCGCUUCGCGAUUUCGCAAAAUCGCUGCGGGAAUUAAAAAAUAUUUUCUUCCAAAAAAGCGUUUUCACGCUUCUUUCUCUAGUCAAUUAUCUCGUUUGUCUCGUUUUCUAAAGGUCCUGAGAACAGAAUAAGACAAUAUUUUAUUACCUACAACCUAAAAACCUGAUUUUUGACCAGAUCGAAACAAAACUGGCCUCUGAAAUGGAAGAAGAAAAGCCUUUUAUUUUUGCCGGCUUCGGUCUGCCGACGCGAUCGUGUCUGUUUUGCUUUCAUAUGAUGACAUUUUCCUGACAGAAGGGUGUCGGAAAAAACACCUCGCGCUGAUCAUACGUGACAAAAUCCGCCGCGCCUAAGCUAAUUAAGAAAAGUCUCCUCGAAAGCUCCAUACAAUUCCUUAUAACAAAAUUAUAAGGAAUUGUAUGGAGCUCUCCGGGAUACUUACAGUGCAAGCCCUGUGUGUCUUCUCAUGCUGUUGUCAUUGUUGUCGCUAUUGUCCCUGUUCUCACUAUUGUCACUGAUGUCACUGUUGUCACCGUUGUCACCAAUACAAUACACCAAUACAAUACAAUGUUCUUUAUUUUGAGAGGGUAGAUACAUGAUUAACCCAGUAAAGAGUUUUCUAACACAUGGCAACACCGUUGUCACUGUUCUCAUAGUUGUCACUGUUGUCACUGUUGUCACCGUUUUCACCGUUGUGAUCGUUGUCACUGUUGUCACUCUUUUUACCGGUGUCACUGUUGUCACCGUUUUCAUUGUGGUGGCUGUUCUCACCGUUGUCACUGUUGUCACCGUUGUCACCGUUUUCACUAUAGUCACUGUUGUCAACAUUGUCUCUGUUGUCACUGUUGUCACCUGUUGUUACUGUUGUCGCCGUUGUCAGUGUAGUCACCGUUGCCGCCUUUGUCACUGUUGUCACUGUUUUCACCAUUGUCACUGUUGUCACCGUUGUCACUUCUCACUGUUGUCGCUGUUAUAACCGUUUUCACUGUUGUCAAUGUUCUUACCGUUGUCACCGUUGUCACUGUUGUCACCGUUGUCGCUGUUGUCGCCUUUGUCAAUGUUGUCACUGUUGUCACCGUUGUCACUGUUGUCACUGUUGUCACUGUUGUCACUGUUGUCACCGUUGUCACUGUCGUCACCGUUGUCAGUGUUGUCGCUGCUGUAACCGUUUUCACUGUUGUCACUGUUGUCAUCGUUGUCACUAUUGUCAGUAUUGUCGCUGUUGUAGCCGUUGUCACUGUUUCCACCGUUGUCACCGUUGUCACUGUUGUCACCGUUGUCACAAUUGUCACUGUUGUCACCGUUGUUCCUGUUGUCACUGUUGUCACCGCUGUCACCGUUGUCACUGUUAUCACUGUAGUUACUGUUGUCACUGUUGUCGCUGUUGUCGCUGUAGUCACCGUUGUCACUGUUGUCACCGUUGUCACUGUUGUCACCGUUAUUGCUGUUGUCACUGUUGUCACCAUUGUCACCGUUGACACUGUUAUCAGUGUUGUCACCGUUGUCACUGGUCUCGCUGCUGUCGCUGUUGUCACUAUUGUCACUGUUGUCAUUGUUGUCACCGUUGUCACUGUUGUCAUCAUUGUCGCUGUUGUCACUGUUGUCACUGUUGUCACCGUUGUCACUGUUGUCACCGUUUUCACCGUUGUCAUCGUUGUCACAGAGUGUUGUCACUGUUUUUACCGUUGUCACUGUUUUCACCGUUUUCAGUAUUGUGGCUGCAUGUUCUCACCGUUGCCACUGUUGUCAGCAUUGUCUCUGUUGUCACUGUUGUCACCGUUGUCACUGUUGUCACCUGUUGUCACUGUUGUCACCGUUGUCAGUGUAGUCACCGUUGUCGCCGUUGUCGCCUUUGUCACUGUUGUCACUUUUUCCACCGUUGUCACUGUUGUCACCGUUGUCACUGUUGUCGCUAUUAUAACCGUUUUCACUGUUGUUAAUGUUCUCACCGUUGUCACCGUUGUCACUGUUGUCACCGCUGUUGCUGUCACCAUUGUCACCGUUGUCACUGUCGUCACCGUUUUCACCAUUGUCGCGGUUGUCACCCUUGGCACUGUUGUAACCGUUGUCAGUGUUGUUGCUUUUGUCACCGUUGUCACUGUUCACUGUUUUCACCGUUGUCACCGUUGUCACUGUUCUCACCGUUGUCACCGUUUUCACCGUUGUCAUCGUUGUCACUGGUGUUGUCACUGUUGUCACCGUUGUCACUGUCGUCACCGUUUUCAGUGUUGUCGCUGUUGUCACCCUUGUCACUGUUGUCACUGUUGUCACCGUUCUCACUGUUGUCACCUGUUCUCAGCAUUGUCACUGUCGUCACCAUUGUCGCUGUUGUCGCCUUUGUCAAUGUUGUCACCGUUGUCACCGUUGUCACUGUUGUCACCGUUGUCACUUUUCUCACUGUUGUCACCGUUGUCGAUGUUGUCACCGUUGUCAUUGUUGUCACCGUUGUCACUAUUGUCGCUGUUGUCACCAAUGUCACUGUUCUCAUUUUUGUCACCGUUGUCACUGUUGUUAUCGUCGUUACUGUGUUCACCUUUGACACCGUUUUCACCGUUGUCACUGUUCUCACCGUUGUCACUGUUGUCACCGUUUUUACCGUUGUCAUCAGUGUCACUGUUGUCACUGUAACAACUUGUAACCGUUUUCAGUGUUGUCGCUGUUUUAACCAUUGUCGCUGUUGUUACCGUUGUCACCUUUGUCACCGUUGUCACUGUUGUCACCUUUGUCACCGUUGUCACUGUUGUCACCAUUGUCACUGUUGUCACUGUUGUCACCGUUGUCACUGUCGUCGCUGUUGUCACCGUUUUCAGUGUUGUCGCUGUUGUCACCAUUGCCACUGUUGUCACCGUUCUCUCUGUUGUCACCUGUUGUCAGCAUUCUCGCUGUCGUCACGGUUGUUAUGUUGUCGCCUUUGUCAAUGUUGUCACUGUUGUCACCGUUGUCACUGUUCUAACUGUUGUCACCGUUGUCACUGUUGUCAGCAUUGUCACUGUUGUCACUGUCGUCGAUGUUGUCACCGUUGUCACCGUUGACACUAUUGUCGCUGUUGUCACCAAUGUCACUGUUGUCAUUGUUGUCACUGUUGUCAUCGUUGUUACUGUCGUCACUGUUGACACCGUUUUCACCGUUGUCACUAUUGUCACUUUUGUCACCCUUCUCACUGUUGUUACUGUUGUCACCAUUGUCAAUGUUGUCACUGUUGUCACUAUUGUCACCGUUGUCACUGUUGUCACCUGUUGUAAGCAUUCUCACUGUCGUCACCGUUGUCGCUGGUGUCGCCUUUGUCAAUGUUGUCACUGUUGUCACUGUUGUCACCGUUUUCAGUGUUGUCGCUGUUUUAACCAUUGUCACUGUUGUUACCGUUGUCACCUUUGUCACCGUUCUCGAAAGAGUUCUCAGAUGCAGUUGUAAAGUGUUUUAAUUUUCUUUGACCUUUGUUUCUUACGGCUAAAUUAAGACAAUUCCAGCGCUUUGAAGUUUCAAAACGCCAUUUCGGCAAUUUGGUCAUCAAUUAUGCUCUUUCUAAAGCGGAAAUCACAAUCACUUUACAUGUACGUCUUCUCCAGUUUGCCAUCUGCUCCCUAAAUUGGGAAAUAUAAGCGAAGGCUCAUCUAACAUGAUUGACAUAUGUAUGGCCCUCGACCAAUCCGUUUCCCCGCACACUGGUGUGCGGACCAUUCAAAAUACCGGGGUUUUCUGGCAGGCGGUAUUUCAACCGCCUCGUCCCUACUCCUUUUUUUUGGAACACGGCUCCGCCGCCAAAACUUUAAUCUCGCACCCACAAAAUACCGCCAGCUACACAGGCUACUGUUGUCACUGUUGUCACCGUUGUCACUGUUGUCACUGUUUUCACCGUUGUCACCUGUUGUCACUGUUGUCACCGUUGUCAGUUUUGUCGCUGUUGUCACUGUUGUCACUGUUGUCACCGUUGUCACUAUUGUUACUGUUAACACCGUUGUCAAUGUUGUCACUGUUUUCACCGUUGUCACCGUUGUCACUGUUGUCAUUGUUGUCAUUGUUGUCACCGUUGUCACUGUUGUGAUCGUUGUCACUGUUGUCAGCGUUGUCACCGUUAUCACUGUUGUCACCGUUGUCACUGUUUUCACUGUUGUCGCUUUUCUUACUGUUGUCACCCUUUGUCACCGUUGUCGCUGUUGUUACUGUUGUCGCUGUUGUCGCUGUUGUCACUGUUGUCAACGUUCUUUAAUCUUUAAUCACAGUUCGUAACCAUACAUAACUGAUACAAAUGAACUAAUACUAACAUAUACAAUCGAACAAAAAUACAAAAAUGGUUAACAGGACGGUAGUAGGGGGAAACCAAAUUCCCAUUCUAAGACAUACCUUCCAAAACAGAAAAAGAAAAAAAUAAUAAUUAAUUAAUAUAUAAACAUAUAUUAAAAAACUAUAAAUUAGACUAUAAAUUAUAAACCUAGAUGCCUAAUAAUAAUGAUGCAUAAACUUAUAUUAAAGACACUAUGCCUAAUAUUUUAAGGUAAAUUAUGAGCGAAGGUACUUAAUCAGUGAAACUUUAAAAGACUGAAGGCUAGGAGAUGACAUUACUUCAGAAGGCAAAGAGUUCCAAUCAUUAAUAUAUCUAUGAAAAAAUGAAUAUUUAAAAUAAUUUGUACGGGCAACUUUAGGCCUUAUUUUAUACUCAUGCUUACUUCUAGUUCGAGUUAUUCCAAUAAUAUCAAAGUAAUGAUGGCAAUUGAUAUCACAGUAACCAAAUAUAAUCUUAUACGUUUGAACUAGGCUAAGAUAUUUCCGUCUCAGUUCUAAAGAGUCCCAUUUUAACUCUAAAAGUCUUUCAGGAUAUUCUUUGUCGGGGCCACAUAUUAGUCGGGACGCUCUUCUCUGAAUUGCUUCGAUUGCCUUGGUGUGUUUCACCAGAUAAGGAUUCCAGACUGGGCAGGCGUACUCGAGGAUAGGUAUCACUAGCGCCUUAAAAGCUGUCUUGAUACCAGUCUUGUUUGAAUAACCAAAUGUCCUUUUAAUCAAGCCCAACACCUUGUUAGCUUUAGCACAAAUUGAGUUAAUGUGAUAAUCCCAUGAUAAAGACGACUCCAACCAAACUCCCAGGUGUUUGUGGUGGUCCACUUCCGGUAGUAAGAUGUUAUUCAACGAAUAUUGACAUCUUAUUGGAUCAUUCUUCCGUGUAAUGUGUAGGACUUCGCACUUCUCGGUCUUAAGAGUAACAAGCCAACUCUUGCACCAUUCAGAGGCAGAUGUCAAAUCCUCUUGAAGUAGAUCGCAAUCCGAUCUAUUUUCUAUGUGUCGAUGAAGGACAGUAUCGUCAGCAAACAAAUCUGAGUUGCAGGUUACUGAGUAAGGAAGAUCGUUGAUGUAUGCAAGGAACAGCAAAGGCCCAAGUAUACUUCCUUGGGGCACACCAGAUGUAACACUUAACCAGUCAGAUGCUUGACCCUCAAUCACUACACGCUGUUUCCUUGACGUGAGAAAAUCCCUUAACCAAUUUAAAAUCUGGCCUUUGAUACCAUAGCAUUCCAACUUGUAGAGGAGAUGGGCAUGGGAGACUUUAUCGAAAGCCUUGGCAAAGUCCAAAAACACUGCAUCGACUGAUCCAAGUUUAUCCAAGGCCUGAAACCACUCAUGCACUAAUUGCAGUAGCUGGGUAACACAAGAUCUUGACGGUCUAAAUCCAUGCUGAUUGUCGUUAAGCAGUUGGAAGUCAGUCAGAUACUUCAUAAUGUGCUUGUGGAUCAAGCGCUCUAACGUUUUCACAACGACGCUAGUCAAUGAAAUUGGACGGUAGUUAUCUGCCAAGUUAUUUUUGCCAGAUUUGAAUAUAGGCACAACAUUUGCAACUUUCCAAUCAGUUGGGAUAUUCCCCCGAGACAAAGUGAAGUUAAAAAAGUUUGUCAGUGGUAGGGCCAAUUCCAUAGCACAUUCCUUGAGUAUUCUUGGAGGAAUAUUGUCAGGGCCAGAUGCUUUGUUGACAUCGAUUGAUUGAAGUAGUUUCGCCACUUCUUCUACGCUACAAGAUAAGUCACCGAUAACAUGUUCGGUCAGCUGACUAGGAUUCUGGAAAUCACUUGCUUCUGAGUCCUUGAUGAAAACAGACUGGAAGAAACUGUUGAAAAGGUUAGCUUUAUCGAGUGGUGAAUAUGCUCUUUUUCCCUCGUACUCAAUGCAGCUUGCCACGCUACGAUUGCCUGUGCGUGCUUUGACAAAAGACCAGAAUUUUUUGGGGUUGGUCUUUAAUGAAGCUGUUAAAUCGUUGACGUAGUUCCAGUAGGCCUUGUUUAAUUGGUCUUUCACGCUGUUACUUAGCCUUUUGUAUUUAACCCAUUUAGCGGGGUCCCCAGAGGAUUUAGCUUGUUUCCAUAAUCUACGCUUCUUGCGAAUUAAUUUCCGUAGUUCAGCGUUUAACCACGGUGCGUUGCGCUGAGGUUUAAGUUGUUUUGAUGGAAUAUUACGUUCGACAGCUUGGAAAAAUAAUAUUUUCCAAGCAUCCCAGACAUCAUCCACAGUCUCCAUAAGAUAUGAACAGUCCCAUUGCAAAUUACAAAAAUCUUCACGUAGACCCAGCCAAUCUGCGGCGCGAUAGUUGUAAACAAGCCUACAACUACGUAUUGGUCUCUGAAACUUUAAUUUUAGUUUGAAUUCAAUGGAACAAUGAUCAGAUCCCCCAACAGGUUGACAAAUUUCCAGAUCCUUUACCAGCUCCGGGGCUGUGAUGAAAACCAAGUCGAGAAUAUUUUGUUCGCGGGUAGGUUGAAGUACCAACUGGUGAAGAAAGUAAUCCGCAAUGAUAGCGCAGAAAGUAGACGACAAACUGUCAGGACACGUAGGUGAUGGGGUGGACCAGACAAUUUGGGGAAGAUUGAAGUCACCCAAUAAAAGAAUACUUAGAUUAUUACCAGUACGUUCGAUAAGCGAUAAAGAUCUUUCCAACUCUUUCAAGUAGUCGAUGUCGCUCGAAGGAGGUCUGUAAAAUACCCCUACCAGGACUCUUGAAUAAGGCACUGCCGUCUUGAAUAACGUUGUCACCGUUGUCACUGUUGUCAACGUUUUCACUGUUGUCACCGUUGUCACUGUUGUCGCUGUUGUCACCGUUGUCAUGUUUCUCACUGUUGUCGCUGUUGUCACUAUUCUCACCAUUGUCAUUGUUGUCAUCGUUGUCACUGUUCUCUCUGUUGUCGGUAUUGUCACUCUUGUCACCAUUGCCGCAGUUUUUACUGUUGACACCGUUGUCACUGUUGUCACUGUUGUCACUGUUGUCGCUGUUGUCACCGUUGUCACUGUUGUCACUGUUCUUACUAUUUUCACUGUUCUUACUGUUGUCACCGUUUUCACUGUUGUAACCAUUGUCACUGUUUUCACUGUUGUCACCGUUCUCACUUUUGUCACUGUUGUCACUGUUGUCGCUGUUGUCACUGUUGUAACUGUUGUCGCUGUUGGCACCGUUGCUGCUGUUUUCACUGUUGUUGCUGUUGCCACCAUUAUCACAGUUGUCAUCGUUGUCGCCGCUGUCGCUGUUCUUAUUGUUGCCACUGUUGUUGCUGUUGUCGCUGUUUUCACUUUUGGAACUGUUCACACUUUUUUCUCUCUUGUCACUGCCGUCACUGUUGGCUCUGUUAUCACUGUUGUUGUUGUUGUCGCUUUUUUUACUGCUUUCUCUGUUGUCACGCUUGUCACUGUUUUCGCUUUUUCGCUCUUAUCGCUGUUUUUGCUGUUGUUGUUGUCGCCAGUGUUGUCUGUGUUCCCGUUUGCCUUUUUUGUGCCCGUUGUCCUUAUUGUCCUUGUUGCUCCUGUUACCGCUGUUGUCUGUCUUGUCCCUUUUGUCUCCCUUUUGGCUGUUGCCUUUGUUGUUCCUAUUGCCCUGUCUGCCCCUGUUGUCCUUGUUGUCCCUAUUGUGCCUGUUGUCCUUGUUUUUCCUGCUUUCCUUGUUUUCCUUGUUCUUCUUGUCGUCCCCGUUGUCACUCUUGUCCCUUGUCCUUGUUUUCCUUGUUUUCCCUGUUGUCCCUGUUGUUCUCUUUUCCUCUGUUGUCCUGUGUUCGCCGUUUUGUUGUUUGGGGGCAUUAACAUGGUUACCCUGAAGUCACAUGGAUAGGCUUUAUAGAAUAGUGCUGACAAACACGGGGCUCUCGUUUCCAUAGUGGCACAUUAUUAUUUUUCUCUACAGUGUUUUUGUUGCUGUUUAGGGACGAUUGGAACCUCGAUGUGGGGGACGACAUAAGGUUGAGAACCCAGGAAAAUAGGGGUAGCGAGGGGUAGUCGGAGGCGGGACUGGAAGGGGCUGGAGGUGGUACUUCUAAAUGGACAAGGAUUGGGAGAAAUUGGGGAAAUAACAAAGCGAUGCUCAAUAGUUUGCGAACGAAAAAGGUCUUAACGGAAAAACACCAAGAAAAAAGGGGUAGGGCCGGGAAUGCAGUCUUAGGGAGACGAUUACGCUUUAGAGAGUUCUAAAAAAAUCGAUUAAACUCUUUACUUUUUCCACGUCUUUUGUCAAUUGCAUAUUCAAUUUUUUACCUACCGUUUAAUGAAACGUCAUUCUUGAUGGGAUUGUGAGGAAAAAGCAGGAAGAGGGACGAGGGAGUAUAAUGACUGCUUUAAGGGAGUUACUUUGAAUAAUGCUUACUCCGUAUGCUACAAAAUCACAAAAGUAAGUUUUUUGAAGGCAGUUUGUUUUAUACCAGCCUAUGGGAAGGGCAACUGCGGUUUAAAAUCCAAACUUCACCAAAAUUGAAACUUUAAAAAUCCGACCAAGUUCACUGAAAUUGCUCUUCGAAUUAUAUUCAGAUAUAUAAGUUUUCGAAGUCCUCAGUUCUUGGCAUUUUUAAAUCAUCCUAGGAUGCGUCAGUGCCCUUGGCAUAGAAAAUGAUGAAAUCCCAGAUGCUCAUAUCACCGCGUCUUCACAGCUGGAUGACAACAAUAGGGCAGCACUGGCAAGAUUACAGUUAAAAGAAGAUGGCCUCAAGCAAGGAGGAUGGUCUGCUCUUUACAAUGACUUUGGCCAAUGGAUUCAGGUGGAUCUUGGUGGUUCCACCAGAGUCACUAGGGUAGCGACGCAAGGAAAGAAUGCAGGUGAUGCGUGGGUGGUCAAGUACCGACUGCAGUACCGUGAAGACCUUGGAAUAAACUUCACUUUUGUCAAGAAGUCAGUCAACAGUUCAGCAAAAGUAUGUUUGUUUGAUUACAUGGAGCUUUUCUUCUACUUGCUCUGAAAUCGUAAAAAAGCAUUGCAAGCACGGGGAAUACUCCGUCCGAGAGUGCUGCUGGGGCCUUGGAAACCUUUCCUGCUAGAGUUAGGGUGUUUUUUAUUUGUCAGAACUGAGCGGCUACACCAUUACCGUCGUCAUUUGAAUUUCACUUUUAAUCUAAACUAUCCAGCUAGGUCGGUCAAUUCUAAGUACAGCCAUCUCUCGCCUUGCGGACACCCCGCUUAAAUGGACAGCAGCUAAAUCCCCGGCAAAAACAAAUUACAGACAUUUGACUUGAAUAAACUCUCGCUAUUACGGACUCUCGCUAAUUUUGACACUAACUCGAGGUCCCUGUAGCGUCCGCUAUAAAGGGAGUUGACUCUAGCAUACAAGAAGGAGAUGGUUAUCGAUAAAGCGGGCGCGUGAAGUUAGGAAGUUUCAUGGAACAACUAAGCAAACGACGGCUGAGAAAUGUACAUAAAACCCUGAUGCACGUGCAAAGAAGUUGUUUUGCUAAUAAUAUAUAGAUUUAGCCAGGGCUAAAAGCGAAGCUCCCAUUAAUAAAUUUAUAUUUUAAAUCAAACAAUAAACUUGUAAUCCACAAAUCAGUUAACUUAAGGGCACAUUCAUGUGACUUUUGACGGAAAGGAUAAGUUAUUUUAGAGUGAAACAUCUUACAUCGAGUUGAUAAAAUAUAUGUACACCCAAAAAAUAGCAAACAUCUUCUAUCACAUUCAAGAGCCAUAAUGGCUCUUGAUCACAGUAGAUUAGGCCUCGAAAACAAAUUCUUGGAAAACAAAUGAGGCCGCAUUUUUUUGCAUUCGACAGGUUUUCUUUACAAAUUCUUGCCAACAAAUCUGAGGGUGUGUAAACCAACUUUUUAUACUUUUUAUACACCACAUCUGAGGUGAAAUAGUACUUUUUAUCAUACAGACCUCGGACAGAAUACGGCAUUUCACAAUUUUUCAAUGUUCAGGACGAUCAAUCGUGGGCUUUUAGCGAAACCGUUCAAAAAAUUUCCAAAAUCACUCAUACGGCCAGCCGGUUCUCAUUUUUAGUGCGAGCUGUUAGUGUGGUCAAGUGUUUGAAUGAACUUUAAUGGAGAUACGCUUCAACAUAAUAACGAAUUUAUUAUCAUUAUUUUUUGUUAUUUAAUGGUUCCAGUUAUAACGAUGUGUAAUCUUAUAAAGCGUUUGAUACGCGCGACAUUUCUAAGUACUCCUGCAAGCGAUGUUCAUGAACGAUGAAAACAAACACCACAGACAAGCGAUUAAAAUUGCAAGAGAGACUACUAACAAUCAAUAAGAGAAAUAUAAUUCGGUAAAACAUUUACAGAGACAACAAUUUUCAUUCACGAAGACAAGUAUUAAAGUGUUUCUAAAAAUCCUGAGUGUUUAAGCUUAAAGCUUAAGCUUAAGUUUAUUUUGUUUUACUUUCAACUGGCCUCCCGGUGUUUGUUUUUUUUUUUUCAAAGAUGAACUCCUCGAAACAAGAAAAUCACUCAAAGUUUUCUUUCUUCAGCCAAAUUUAUAACUAAAUAUUCUUCGGAACGUUUUUUUUUUUCUAUUUGCCGUGAGAAAAUAUAUCUGAAGGCCAUUUAAAGUUCUGUAAGCUUAUAUCAAACCUGAUACUAGAUCAGAUCAUUGACUCACAUCUCAACAAACGUGCAAAAACUUGCCGCAUAAACUGUGCUCGACUUCAUGAAAUUAGAUAUAACAAAAGCAAGCAUCAAAUACAAUAAUUACUCAGGCUUACCAUUCAAGAUUCAGUUCCUGAAAGAUAUCAAGGAAGGCCAUAGUCAAGGCUUGAGACUUUUAAACCCUCUUACGCAUUGAGCAAGGUGAAAGACGAAAACGAUGCCAUCCGAAAUCGGAUUACUCAAUUUUGACAAGCGACGCAUUUCUCAACCAAAAGCCCAAUAAACAAACCAGCCAUGGACAGCAUGGAUAACAGAAGACUCUUGAUAGCAGCUGUAUUUCAUUUUGUACAUCCAUUGGAAAAAGAUUUAGACAGUUAAAAACAUCACAAGUUGACACAAAACUCUGUCAGCUUUUGCUGUCAAAGUAAACAACUUACAAGACGCUGCAUAAAUUUUCCGCAUGAACUCACCUGUCACAUUUUGACCAAUCAGAGUACAAAAAUUGGACGUAGAGCGUGACCAACGCGUGACCAUGGUAAGAAAAGGUCUUCCCCGUCUUUAUUUUUAAAAAAGCGGCUGAAUUUUUGCGUCUGAGGUCAGUUUGAAAUCAAAAUCUUGACAGUGCGGGGCCAUAGUGACAUAAACACAACAUAUUUCAAAUGAAUCAUUGGAAAAAGUAGACUUGAGCCUGCGAUCAUUUGAAACUGGUAAUUUGUCAGCGGAUAACUUCAAAAAAGUACUCGACCUCGAUGGGUCGACACUUGAGCCCGCGGUACGGUCAGAUGAUACUGGUCAGCGGAUGUCCUGUUUUUACAGCUGUCAAUUGAUCACAAUAUUGAUGUGCAAUUAGUUUUCUACUGGGCUCCCAAACUAGCUAGAAAGUGUGAGAGUAAACAUUGCUUCCCCUGUGGUGCGGACGGACGGUCGGGCGUACGGUCACGUGAUUACCAAAUUUUAUCGGAUGGGUAGAUUACCACAUUUCCUUAGCUAUGGGGCUCCGUCCACGCGCGCGCUGCGCGCGCAGGUGGAGCUCCGCUAUAAAUCUGUUGCUCUCUUUCUGUUCUCUUUGGCGUCGCUGUCGUCGUAUGUUAUAUGAGCUUGCUAUUGUUGUGAUCCAAAAAUUUUGCAACCAAGAUAACGUAACGUCAGACUUUUCCUCUUUAUUUUCUAUAAAUGAUACCAAACUAAAUCCCUCUGAUUUCUAUUUCCUGUACUAGACUAGAGUGCUUGAAAACCCCACCCUUUCCAGCGGCGUAUACCUUUUUAACCUACCGGUAUUAGGACUUCGAUAAACUACUAAAGGCUGGAGCGAAGAGGUCACAUGAUCACAACACCUCUCGCAGGGAAGGCAAUGGCCCUUUGGGCGAAAGAGUCAUGUGGGGAAAAAUCUUCAAGUAAUUUAACCCUUUAUGCCCUAAGAUUGAUCAGCAUCAAAUUUCUCCUUGUAAUAUCAAUGCUUUGUAAAACAGAGUGAUCAUGAGAAUUACGGAUAUGAUCACACAAGAAGAAUUUGCGUGAUAUUUUAUCAACUCCUCCCCACUACUUCUGUAGGAAAUGAAUAGGGACAACAAAUGAGAAUUCAAAUUUUGAUCUUAGGGCUUAAAGGGUUAAAUGGCAUCUUGAGUGAUAUCGUUCUGUGUGGUUCGGGUGCAGGUAAAACAUUAGUUUGCUUUUCCUCCUGCCCGAAAGGCAAUUAUUUUGUAUUUCUUCGCUAAAGAAAUCGAGGGGAGGUUUAUACUUGUGGGACAAUAGUUAUAUUAUUUGCACCCUUUUUCGAAGGCUCUUUAGAACCUUACCCUGAAUCCCUUAAAAUGUCUGCUAAACAGGAAUAACCCAACUGUUCUCUUUCAUCUUUGUUCUAAAGGUAUUUUACGCAAAUCACGACAGCGAUACCGUGGUGUAUAACGUGUUAGCCCCACCAAUCACAGCACGUCUAAUCCGUAUCUUACCAGUGGAGUGGCACAAUCAGAUAUCAAUGAGACUGGAGAUAUAUGGAUGUCCAGGUUAGUAAGGAGAAAAUUUCCAUGCAAAAUAUUUUCGAGUCAUGCUGCUAGCAGAGUAUUCUUUUGCCUUCCUGUGUAAAGAGAAGAAGAGAGACUCUGCCUCAAUCAAGUCAAAACUUUGAAGUCACCGCAGCCUAAACUUCUGAACUAGUCAAUCUUGAGGGUCCCCAAUAGGUCUAUCGGGAUCCGGGAUUUCCCUUAUUUGAAGCUCGGGAUUCAGGAUUUUAAAGCAAAAUCGGGCAAGAUUCGGGAUUGAAAGUAUGCACGCAAGUUAGAAUGCUCGAAAUAACCCUCGGGACUACGGAAUUGCACGAAAUUUUGGGUCGAGAUUACGGGAUUGGAGAACCCUAUUGGGCACCCUGUUCUCUCUCCGUUUAACUAGAGACCUUUAGAUUCGAGGACGACUACGCUUACGAGAUUUGACUUGAAGUUUUUCCGCGUCUUGUCAAAAUAUGAACUUCCCGGAAAGCUUCAUUUUACCAUUUUUCACUGGAAAAGUUAGCAUUGUUAUGUUUAGUGAAGGAGGUUACGCGCUCUCCCGAUGCCAAAAUGGUGCUAUAAAUACUGCUAAGGUUAAAUAAAGUAAUUAUUAUUAUUAUGGUGUGAUCCUCUCCAGUUCAGCGGCAAUCCCACGCGCAGCUUAGAGACAACAAAUUCCGCAGAUAUUGGCAGCACCAACGAUGGCUGACAACUGUGCGCUUCCAAAAAUAUCAGGCAGACUCAACUUACCGUAUUAUUAUUAUUAUUAUUAUUAUUUAUUAUGAUGAUGAUCAUGAUGAUGAUGAUGAUGCAUUUAACAAACCCCUUAGGGAAUUUUUUAUACUCUGUUUUUAUGUAGUUCCUUCUUCAACUACGACUGCACCGCCAACGGAACAAACUACAAAGACAACAUCGAGUGAAAAAAUUACUUCCACUGGAAACGAAAAACCGGAAGGGAAACUGGGAACAUCUACGGCGCAACGGAGAAAAGGUAAUCAAAAAACCGAAUUAAAAAACACUUCAGUGAAAAUACUCUUUAGUUUGGCUUUGUUGUCAGGACUUUUUACGGCUCCCUUAUUAAAAAACCCGCUUGCUCUGUUUCUUUUCUUUCUAACCAAAGGGAAUGGAUUACAAUACAGGAGGAUUCUUUGUUUUGAUUGAACUUAGGAAACGUUGUUUGUCGUUAAAUAUAAAGCCGGUGUGUUUUUAAUUUUAAUACCUGAUGAUUGAUUUUCUGUGGUUUUUUGCUCUUCUCUUUGAGUCUUUGACGUCUUCAAGUAGUUUGAUUUGGUUCGUUGAGUUCUUUUGAAGCAUAGCUUUGCAUUGCGGCUAAAUGACUUUUUAAUAGCGAGAUGGUUUUCUUUAGUUUCCCCGAAAGUGCCUGGAUGCUGAAUUGCAAGCUGCAUGUAGUUUUCCUCAACUUUUGUUUUUAUGCAAAAUAGACCAAGAAAAUGUACCUGUGGAAGCCUUUCAAGACUUUCUAGAUAACUCUAGAUAACAGAAACGUGAAUUUCACCCAACAGCAAAAUUGGCCUUUUCCAAAGGCCAAUCCCUCAUUCACCAUCACUGUUCCACCACCAAUGUUCAACCAUCACUGUUCCACUCUAUCACCACGCUCUUCCACCAUCACUAUUCCACUGUUCCACCAACACUGUUCCACUGUUCCACCACACUGUUCCACUUUCACUGUCCCACUGUUCCACCAACACUGUUCGACAACACUGUUGCACUUUCACUGUUCCACUGUUCCACCACACCGUUCCAGAAACACUGUUUUCCUAUUCCACCAAACUGUUCCACUAUCACUGUUCCACCUACACCAUCGCGGUUCCAACAACACUAUUCCACUGUUCCACCUCAGUGUUCCACCACACUGUUCCACCAUCACUGUUCCACUAAACCGCCAACACUGUUCCACUGUACCACCACACUGUUCCACCGUCAUUGUUCCACUGUUCCACUCUCACUGUUCCACCAACACUGUUCCAUCGUUCCACCCACACUGUUUCACUGUUCACCACACUUUUUCAACAUUACUCUUCCAUUGUUCCACCAUCACUGUUCCACUAUUUCACCAACACUGUUCCACUGUUCCACCACACUGUUCCACCACACUGUUCCACCAUCACUAUUUCCUUGUUCCACCACAUUGUUCCACUUCCACUGUUCCACCAGCACUGCUCCAUAACACUGUUCCACAAACACUGUUCCACUCUUCCACCAUCACUGUUCCACUGUUCCACCAUCACUGUUCCACUGUUCCACUGUUCCACCACACUGUUCUACAAUCACUGUUCCACCAACACUGUUCCACCAUCACUGUUCCACUGUUCCACUGUUCCACCACACUGUUCCACAAACACUGUUUUACCGUUCCACCUAUUUCACUAUCACUGUUCCACCUACACUGCUCCACCAACACUAUUCUACUCUUCCACCACACUGUUCCCCUUUCACUGUUCCACUAUUCCACGGUUCCACUGUUCCAUUAGACUGUUCCACCAACACUGUUCCACUGUUCCACCAACACUGUUUCACCAUCACUGUUCCACUACUCCACCAAGACUGUUCCACUAUUCCACCAACACUUUUGCACUGUUCCACCACACUAUUCCACCAACACUGUUCCACUGUUGCACCACACUCUUCAACCAUCACUAUUCCACUGUUCCACCACACUGUUCCACUUUCACUGUUCCACUAUUCCAAGGUUCCACUGUUCCAUUACACUGUUCCACCAACUCUGUUCCACUGUUCCACAAACACUGUUUUACUGUUCCACCUAACUAUUUCGCUUUCAUUGUUCCACCUACACUGUUCCACCAUCACUGUUCCACUGUUACACCAACACUGUUCCACAUUUCCACCAACACUGUUCCACUGUUCCAUCCCACUAUUCCACCAACACUGUUCCACUGUUCCACCACACUGUUCAACCAUCACUAUUCCACUGUUCCAUCACACUGUUCCACUUUCACUGUUCCACUAUUCCACCAACACUGUUCCACUGAUCCACCACACUGUUCCGCCAUCACUGUUCCACUGUUCCACCUACACUGUUCCACCAUCACUGUUCCACUGUUCCACCACACAGUUCCACCAUCACUGUUCCACUAUUCCACCAACACUGUUCCACAGUUCCAUCACACUGUUCCACCAACACUGUUCCACUGUUCCACCACACUGUUCCACAAACACUCUUCCACUGUUCCACCAUCACUGUUCCACUGUUCCACCACAAUGUUCCACUUUCACUGUUCCACUGUUCCACCAACACUGUUCGACAACACUGUUGCACUUUCACUGUUCCACUGUUCCACCACACCGUUCCACAAACACUGUUUUACUAUUCCACCAAACUGUUCCACUAUCACUAUUCCACCUACACUGUUCCACCAUCACUGUUCCACUGUUCCACCAACACUGUUCCACUGAUCCACCACCCUGCUCCACUAUCACUGUUCCACUGUUCCACUGUUGCACCACACUGUGCCACCAACACUUUUCCACUGUUCCACUAUUCCUCCAACACAGUUCCACUGUUCCACCACACUGUUCCACCAUCACUGUUCCACUAUCACUGCUCCACUAUCACACUGUUCCACCAGCACUGUUUCACUGUUCCACCACACUGUUGAACCAGCACUGUUCCACUGUUCCCCAGACUGUUCCAAAAACACUGUUUUACUGUUCCGCCUCACUUUUCCACUAUCACUUUUCCACCUACACUGUUCCACCAUCACUGUUCCACUGUUCCACUAUUCCACAACCACUGUUCCACUGUUCCACCACACUGUUUCACCAUCACUCUUCCACUUUUCCAUUUUCACUGUUCCACUACACUCUUUCACCAACACUGUUACACCUCAGUGUUCCACCAUCACUGUUCCACGUACACUGUUCCAGCAUCACUGUCCCACUCUUCCACCAAAACUGUUCCACCACACUGUUCCACAACCACUGUUCCACUGUUCCACCACACUCUUUCACCAACACUGUUACACCUCAGUGUUCCAGCUUCACUGUUCCACGUACACUGUUCCAGCAUUACUGUCCCACUGUUCCACCAAAACUGUUCCACCACACUGUUCCACCCACACUGUUCUACUAUCACUGUUCCACGCUUCCACCAUCACUGUUUCACUGUUCAACCAACACUGUUCCACUGUUCCCCAGACUGUUCCAAAAACACUGUUUUACUGUUCCGCCUCACUUUUCCACUAUCACUUUUCCACCUACACUGUUCCACCAUCACUGUUCCACUGUUCCACUAUUCCACAACCACUGUUCCACUGUUCCACCACACUGUUUCACCAUCACUCUUCCACUGUUCCAUUUUCACUGUUCCACUACACUCUUUCACCAACACUGUUCCACCUCAGUGUUCCACCAUCACUGUUCCACCUACACUGUUCCAGCAUCACUGUUCCACUGUUCCACUAAAACUGUUCCACCACACUGUUCCACAACCACUGUUCCACUGUUCCACCACACUCUUUCACCAACACUGUUACACCUCAGUGUUCCAGCAUCACUGUUCCACGUACACUGUUCCAGCAUCACUGUUCCAGUGUUCCACCAAAACUGUUCCACCACAAUGUUCCACUAUCGCUGUUCCGCGCUUCCACCAUAACUGUUUCACGGUUCAACGAACACUGUUCCACUGUUCCACCACACUGUUUCACCAUCCAUCUUCUACUGUUCCAUUUUCAUGUACUGUUCCACUGGGCCACUCUUUCACGAACACUGUUCCACCUCAGUGUUCCACCAUCACUGUUCCACCUACACUGUUCCAGCAUCACUGUUCCACUAUCACUGUUCCACCAUCACUAUUCCACUGUUCCACCAUCGCCUUUUUACUUGUUCCACUAUGAGUAUUCCACCAAAACCUGUCCACCACACUGUUCCACCCACACUGUUCCUCUUUUCCACCACACUUUUCCACUAUCACUGUUCCACGGUUCCACCAUCUCUGUUUCACUGUUAACCAACACUGUUCCACUUUUCUACCCCACUGUUCCACUUUCACUUUUCCACCAUCACUAUUCCACUGUUCCCACUGUUCCACGGUUCCACCAUCUCUGUUUCACUGUUUAACCAACACUGUUCCACUUUUCUACCCCACUGUUCCACUUUCACUUUUCCACCAUCACUAUUCCACUGUUUCACCACACUGUUCCACUAUCGCUGUUUCACUUUUCCACUGUGAGUGUUCCACCAAGACUGUUCCACUGUUCCACCACAUUGUUCGUCCAUCACUGUUCCUCUGUUCCACCACACUGUUCCACCAACACUGUUCCACUGUUCUACAAACACUGUUCCUCUGUUCCACCACGCUCUUCCACCACACUGUUCCACCAACACUGUUUCACUGUUCUAGCAACACUCUUAUACCAACAUAUUUCCACUUUUCUACUAUCACUGUUCCACUAACACUGUGCCACUGUUCCACCAUCACUUUUUCACUGUUCCACUUCGUUGUUUUAUUAACAAUGUUCCACUGUACCACUACACUGUUCCACCAUCACUGUCCCACUGUUCCAUUGUAGCACCACACUGUUCCACCAUUACUGUUCCACUAUUACUGUUCUACUGUUCCUUUACACUGUUCCACCAUCAUUGUCCCGCUUUUUCACCAUCACUGUUCGACAGUUGCACCACUCUGUUCCACCAUCGCUGUUCCACUAUUGCUCCUCUUUUGUCCCGAGUCUUUGACGUCCUCAAGCAUUAUGGCUGGAUUUCAGUUCGUUGAGUUCUUUUGAAGUAUAGCUUUGCAUAGCUACUUUUUCUUAACGCGAAAGUUAAGGACCUCGGUAGUUUUCCAAAAACUUGCAGGGAUUUAUUUCCAUAUAUUAUUAUUAUUAUUAUAAUGAACGUUAUCGUUACUCUAAUAUAUAUACUACUACAUGAGAAAUUUCUGCAAUUUGAUUGGCUUAGAGCAGUGGUAUUUCAUGUUUCAUGUUGAAAUUACAAACCUUUUGUUGGUAGUAGUAUAAACAAAUAAUAGUAUGAUUUGUACGUGAUACUUGGCAUAAAUACCACUUGUGAUAUUUCAAAAUUGUCUCAAAUUUCACUCGUCUAACUGCUCGUGAAAUUAUGUCUAACAAUUUCGAAAUAUCACUGGUGGUAUUUGUGCCAAAUAUAACUAUAAAUCAUGCUAUUACCUAUACUAAUAGGCCAUUUUCAUGAUGAAGGUAUUGGACAACAACUAUCAGAAUUUUUUUUUGCCUUCUUAUUUUAAUUUGUAAAACCAAUACGCCACUUCUACAUUUCCCAUAAUGCACCUUAUUUCCCCCCCAAAAAAAUUUUGUGUAAGCAUUGCCUUCAGUAUUUUUCGGCCAGUUUCCACUUUUCCAGAGAGUUUUGCCAGUGUUCAGCCAGUGUUAAUUAUAACCGUGUUCUGAGCCAUUUUCAGUUUGCCGAACGCUUUUACGUAAACCCAUCGUAAACAGUUUCAUGAUAGCACAUGGCGUAGACUAGAAAAGCAUUUGUCUUCUUAAAAUCACUCACUAAGGAAGGGAUCUGGAGGUCCAAAGAAUUCCUAAACCGUAGUCUAAGUUAGACUUCAUUUGAAUAAAAUAAUAACCGACCCUUCUUUUCUCCUGAAGAGUGUUUUGUAAACUCUUUUCAGAUUCCAAGAUCUCGGCGAUCGUUGCGCCAGUGGUUGUUUUCGUUUUAGUCGCCCUUAUAUUAUUGGUUGGAUUCUUCUACUGGAGAAGGUAGGAUCACGCCUCACUAGAAACGCCAUGAUACAUUUUUUAAGAGAACCUGCAACAGAUGUAGUUAAAUGGAAACUGAAAAUUGGAGAUUGAAGAGGAAUCGACUUUCUUUCGUAAAGAGCGAAAGCAGCAGGAAAACGUCAAAAAAUUCAAAAUGGCGGUGCGCUGAAGAUAAAUAGAGAAUGUAAGCGUUGACAACGAGUUUGCCGAUUGAGCGCAUCGGUUCUUCGCAACUGCACAUGCUCUAGUCGUUUUUACGGCAAGUUUUCAUCGAAAAGUCGAGGUGGCGAGAACGAGAUUUUUAAAGGAUCAGGAGCAACAGUUUCGAUUUGAUUUCGAAAUACUCGCUUACGUGACAGGCGCAGCAAUCGACUUCAAAUCAAUAACGAUUGUCGAAAUCGCACUCGUUGUCAACGCUAACACUCUCUAGUGUAAAGGCCAAAGCAGGAAAUUUUUGUGCCACUUUUUUCCUUUCGCUUGCCAGGAAAACAGUUGGAAUUUUGGCUUUCGUUUGAACUCAUUUCGUUCAAUUUGUUAUAACACGGAAACAAAUAGGAACUUAGUGAAAUUAAAACCAGUCGGGUACUAGAACGCUGUCUGUCCCAGUGGGGAGGGGUACUCCGGAUUUAAAGUGACAGGGAUGAUCAAAGAUUUUGGGGGGGUUUCAAAUUUUCGAUUUCAGGAUAUUUUUGGAUUGGAAAAUUUUGGCAGGUAUUUUUCUGGGUAGCUUGAUUUAAGUAGGCCUUUUUUUGGGUAUUCAAAACAAUCUCAAGAUUCGAGAUAGUUCUCACGUAUCCCGGCCGCGUAGUUCCGCGAAAAGAUUAUUUUGGCUCGGAAAUUCAGCGUGAAAUUUUGGUUCAGGGAUUUUCCUGGAAUUUGUUUGAAGCCCUAGGGAUUUUUUGGGUUUUGAUUUUUGCCCCCUUUCUAUCAUCCCUGUCACUUGAAAUCCUGAGUACUCCCCCCUCCCCUCCCAGGACUGUAUAUGCAGCCAUGACAAUGCUAUCGUUUUUCUGCUUAUUCUAUGACAGAAGGAGAUCAAAUAAAAACUUGGAGAUUCAGCAUGUGACAUUCCAGAAGUAAGUAAUCUUAAAAUGAAUAUACUUAAGUCAGUUUUCCUGGCCCGGCAAAGUUUAUACGGGGGUAAAGGGGCUCCACCCAGAGGGGCAACCCAGUGCCGUUUUAUGUACCAUUAUUUCUUUUAUACUACUACAUGAGAAAUUUCAGUCAUUUGAUUGGCUUAUAGUAGCGGUAUUUCUGCUUAAUUUGAAAUACCUACAUGUGAAAAUUACAAACCUUUUGCGGGUAGUAGUAUAAACAAAUAAUAGCAUGAUUUGGACGUGAUAUUUGGCAUAAAUACCACUCGUGAUAUUUCCAAAUUGUCUCAAAUUUCACUUGCCUAACGGCUCGUGAACUUACGUGUAACAAUUUUGAAAUAUCACUCGUGGUCUUUAUGCCAAAUAUCACUACAAAUCAUGCUAUUACCUAUACAAAGCGCUGUUAUUUUAUUUAAUUACAUGUUACGUAUUUUUGAUUUGCAGAUCUGGCCAGGAACCUCUAGAAGGAGCAGUAAACCCUUUGUAUGAUGGGUAAAUAUGAUCAUAUUUCAGCUUUAACACACUUCUCUUCUUUAUUAUAAUUUGGAUCAAAACCCAUCGGCUUUAGAAUUCACGAGCUUAGUGCACAACAGGGAUGAGUUCCUUUUUACAUGAAGGUGGUGGGCCCCAGAUAGGUGGGGUAAAAUGUGGCGGGUCAUCCCACUUAUCAUGUACACGUGAUCAACUUAAAACGGGCGAUUAUAUGGACAGGCGGGUUGCCCCACCUAAGCGGUUUACCUCACCUACAUGAGGUCCCCCACCUCCAUGUAAACAGCCCUUAAUCUAGCCUGUUCCAGGCUCAAAAAUUGUAAUGUGCAGAGAUCGUAAAUGCAGAUGCCAAAAAAAAAUCACAUGUCACGUGCACCUUGUUUUCACGACGUCCCUACCAUCUUAGGCUAUGUUUUAACCCUUUCACUGCGAGAAUGCUUGAUGGAGAUUUUAAGGGGACUCUAACUUUUGAGUCUGUGGAUGAAAUCCUAUAAUGUGACCAUUCAAAUGAAAGCUCUUUGCCUGUUCUUUCACACGAUGCUAUCUGUUUUUCAAAAUUUCAGAACGUGAAAUUUCGAAAUUUGGUCGAAAUUUGCUUUUGGUUAAAUUUGGCAGUGAAAGGGUUGAACUAUACCGGAUAGCCUUUCGUGGCGCCACGAAAAGCUAUCCCCCAAGGAAGCUAUCUGGUAUAAUAUGGACAGAAGCGGCCUAGGGCGGGCAGCCCUAAAGUCGUUCACACACAUAUAUCCAAUGGGGAGUUUAAGAUAGCACGACAGCGAAGACCACGAAAACGUGGCUUAAAAAGUGAAUAUGUGUUCUUUUAAUCUCUAUCGCGAUUACUCCAACUCAUUCACUUUGUCAAACGCAAGCGAACUCUUACUUCCGCGACGAAGCGAAUACGUGUUCAAACUGCACUAAAAUAUGGCACAAAACCUAUCCCAUAUGUGACGCUCCACUCUCGUUCCGUCACACAAAUCGCGCCGCCACAACCGUUCUUUUGUGAGAACAGAAGCCCAAUGCUGUAUGAUUAUCGUGGCGGUCCAAACGUUAUACUGUGAACACAAUUUUAGAGCCUAGUACGGCUAGAAUUAAUCCGGUCGUUAAAAUUAAAUAUUUUUACCACGCAAUCUAAAGUCAGACCAUCGCAAGAACUUUCCAUGGUGGAACAUUUUUAAAAUGAUGUUUCAGUUUAUAUUUAUCAUUUUGUUUUUGGUUUCUUGUUAGAGGUGAACUGCAGUUCCGUGACACCAAAGAGGCUUAG